AUGAUACUAUAUUUGACAUGGGUUUUCAACUGGAUAAAUGAUCUUAUGUCAUCUUACAAAGAAAUGGUUAACAUGGAAAACCUUAAUUUCAUCACGAACUCGGCCAGGUGUAAAGGGCUGACUCAGGUCGAGUCUCUGAAGAGCUCUGUGAUGAAUACAAGCGACGUGAUUCGGAGGUUACGCACCCUUGGGAAAGCUCACUCCGGGUUGCAGAGGCUUGUUGAGGCUUUCGUUUUUGGUUAUGUCACGUAUCAUCUGACACAGACGCGGUAUCGAAUGGAGGAUCUAAUCUGA